AUGGACAUUGACAGAAUUGUACGCAGUGUUGGCACUAAGAGCACUUUCUUCUUUGGCUCAGAGUCAUUGCUGAAAACAAUUGAAGGCGAUAUAAAGAAAAAGGCAGAUUUUUUGAUAGCACUUGUCCACUUUCUGCUGACGAAAAUGUACAACACUCUUUGCAUUGGUAUUGGAGAUGAUAAAACCUUUCCAGUUGGAGAACGGGGCUCUGAAAUGCUGCCUGAUUAUUGGAACGUUGACGAGUCGAAAUACGCAUUGCGAUAUGUGAAGAAGAAUGACCUAUAUUUAUUGCUGGGCCACAUAACUGAGGACACUUUGCUUAUAAAUCUACUACACAUCAAUACCAUGGAAGUGUCAAAUAUUAGUGUUGCACCGGAAUUAUUGGUGAACAAAUUUAGCACUAAGAUAAAGAUUGCCAUACCGACAGCAGUAGAGCUCGUAGAUCGCUUACUCCAGGAACUUUUGGUUCCAGUUAUGGUUGAAAACUCCCGGGAUGCUGGCACACAGACACAUAAAAUAUUUACCUGGAUGCCGUUACGUUCACAUGGUCGUAGAAGCUAUAGACCGCGUUCCCUUGGUUUUCCUUUUGAUUUAGAUCCGGGCGGUGCUUUGAAUAUGUUACCCAAUGUUCGCAACCGAUUCGGAUUGGAUCUCGAUCCUGCUUUUUUUCCUUUCGAUUUUCUAUAG